GGCUGUUGUAACAAGAAUUUGAGUUUUCUGGUUUAUUUUAAUUACCGAGGAAUUGGUGCUUUUUUAUUUUGUUUGACAUUACAGUGCCAACUAUUAACUUGUGAAUCCAUCGAUGUGUGAUAAAUUGAUCUUUUGACCUAUUCAGAUCAACAUCCUUUCCUGAUAAAUAAUAUUCCCUUUUUUAAUACCUUCUUGAAUUUCAAUCCUGUGAGAAGCUAUUGAACUUGCUCCUCUUCUUACCGUUUUUCAUAUUGAUCUUUAUUCCAUGACAGCCUUUAUUAUCAUUUCUUUAUGAGGAUGUCUUAUUCAACUAAACAACGGAUAACAAUUAAAUAAACAAUCAAUUGUGGCCAACUAUGACCUGGAAUCAACUUAUUGAUAACUUCAGUGACAAUGACAAUAAUGAUGGUCAUCGUUAAUGUAUUAAUAAAACAGUGGGAAAUGGCGGCUGAGAAUCUUUCAAAUGCUUUUGUUUGUAGAAUGAAAUUUUUAAUUCUAUUUAUAAAUUGUAAUUUUUUGAUAACUCUUUUGGCUAUUGUGGCAUUGUUUUUAAAUUGUGAUGGACAUGUUUAAUGUGGUUUAACAUGGUUAUGUUUUCACCAGAAAGGAAGGAAGAGAAGCUGAUGUUAAGGGUGGAAGACCUGGUUGCUUAGACUAUGUUCCAGUUUACAGAUUAUGAUCAGUGCAAAAGUGAAGGGACAACAACUUUUAAUCAUCAGGAAAUUGUGAUUUCACUUCAAUCCAAUCAAUAAAAUCACAAGGUUAAUGGUUAAGAGCAAAGAUAAAGAGAUAAAAAGUUCCACCAAAUUAACUCGCAAUAAUGGUUAGAAUCGUAACCAUAACCAAUCCAGUAAAUAUUUUGGAUAAUCAAUCUCUAGUCAAUUAAUCAUCUCUCUGAAUCGAAAGAUUGCUAUCUUAUUGUUCAGCUGAACAAAGCAUUAUUAAAUUGGAUGAAUCAAGUGUUACAAAUCGGGUUAAGAUGAAUAAAGAUUCCAAUAAUAGUCAAAUCAGUGUUACACUAAGGUGAUUAGAUGUGACCUUCUCAUCAUAAUGUGAUACCAACCCAAGCCUGUUUAAAAUAGAUCCGUCAUUUGUGGAUUGAUUGUAAAUAAUAGGGUUUAAUUAAUCCAGACGAUUGUAAACAUCAUAACUUCUGGUAACCAGUGUUUUUUUGACUGACCACUUCUAUACAUUUGCUUUGGAUGUGACUCAAAUUGCCCGAUAUGUGUUAAUAAUUGCUGUAAUUUCAUUGAGAUGAAGAUAUAAAUAGAAUCAGCUACUCAUAGUAAUCAAGGAGAUUUGAAUUAAAUUUCCAAUUUAAUUAAUUCACUUCAAUCCUUAUAUUAUUUCCCAAUCCAAAUUGAAUUUGACUAAUUCAAUAUUGUGAUUAAAGGCUCUUUUCAUACCUUUUGAAAAGCCUCUAGCAAUUAUUUUUUGACUGACAAAACACUUGCUAAAUGUAAGCUAAUCACUUACAUUUAUGACCAUUCUGAUGUAUUGGAGUGGACAAAUAUAUGGACAUUUAUGAAGACUAAACUUAAACAAAUAUCAAUAUUGAUAGUCGUAUUAAAAACAUUGUUAGCCAACUCUUAGCUCAAAGUUGCAAUCGAUUGAGCAUUAAACUGAUUGACUAUUGAUUUAUUUAGUUCAUCGAGCAUAAAGGAUAAAUCAAUGAAAUCACAGGUAAAAUCAAUGGUCAUUGUGGUGGUUACAAGUGGUUACUUGUAAACAAGGCUACUAAUUGGAUCAACGCAUAAACUACCCUCAUGAUUGGUCAACAGCAUAAGAACCAUUUUGACCGUUGAUCCUUAAUUGACUGGAAUUUGCUUGGAUUCAGUAAUAAAUUGAAUUCCAAGUUGCUUGGAGAUCAGAUUAAUAUAAAACUGUCAUUCAUUUUCAUCUUUUACUUUCUUUUUAUUUUAAUUCACCUUAAGGCUAAUAAAAUGUUUAGAAAAUAAAAAUUCAAUCAUUUGAUUAGAGAGGGAAAGAGACAGAGGCACAGACUGAAGACUAGAAAGAGAAAGAAGAAUGAUGAUUAUUCUGUCGACCCUUUCUUCACCCCUUCAGCUCUUUACUCUCACUAGCAAUCUUAGGAAAUGAAAUUCAAGUUAAUACCCUUGGUCCGUUAAAACCAGUCACUUUUGAAACAUAGUCAUUCCCAUUACAAUCAUCAUUAUCAUCAGUAAUAUCAUCGAUAUCAUUACCCUUUGAUGUUAACGAAGUGAAGGUGAACAACGAUUCCGAAGUGACCAAGCAACAUGACCACUGCUGGCAAAUAGUUUUAUUGUUUUCAUCUUAUUGUUAAACUUAUUGAAAAAUCUGGUUUCACUUUUUUUGCUUUAUCCUUCGCCUGAUUUAGGAUACUUUUUUUGCCCGUUUACUCGAGGACUUACAAAUUGUGCUGAAAAAGUUAUUGUUUUGGUUUUACAUUUGAAAAUUGUACUGUCCAUUCACAUAUUUGUUAACCUUUGCUUUUAGGUUUAGAUAAAGGUAAAGGUUUUUUCGUUUAAUAAUGAUGGUUUGUGCUGAACCCGAUAACCUCACUUCACCCGUUUCCUACUUAUGGAACUAUCCGUUUGUGGUCAAUUUAUCCUAUCCGGAUUACAGCCAAUCAUUGGUUAACCAUUCAUCUGAAUUUAUUGCAAAAAACAUUCCUUUUGAUGCUGUUGCUUCACCCGAUGACUUCCCUCUGAUCAACAACCAAAAUUUAGUGAUUACAUUGAUAAUCAUUUACUUGUGCUUUAUAAUCAAAAUAAUUCCUAGUCUAAUGUCUUCUCGAUUACCUUAUAACCUUCGUCCAUGGCUAGUUGUCUUCAAUGGACUCAUGUUUGGUGCGUAUUCGGCUGGCUUUUGUAUUUUCGUUUAUUGCUUUCCACCCUGGAGAUAUGCCAUGUACGGUGAAGAUGCUACCCUGGAAACUCCAUUGACCAAAGUUUAUUACAUGUAUGUGCACAAUCUUAUCUUUUGGGCUCGUUUGGUUGACCUGGCUGUACCUGUGUUUAAAUUGCUGAUGAAAAAGGAUUCCACAGAGACUAUUCUCCACGCUGUUUACACUUCAAUCAUUGUGACAGCCUACUCAUUGGGAUAUGAACUGGAAUCCAAGGAACCAUAUACGUUUUUACCCAUGUUUGAUGCUCUCAAAGUGAUCUUUCGCAUGUUCUACCACAUUUUAACGGCUCCAGGGGAAAAAAGUUUGAUGCUGGAUGGAAUCAAUAAAAGUAAAAUCCAUUGGAUUAACGUUUUUAUUAAUGCUAUUGGAUUAAGCGUCAUUGGUUACCUUUUCACGACAAAUUACAAUUUUUCUCGUACAUUGUAUUCUUGGGUUGUCAUAAUUACUUUGAGUGAAACUUUAUUCCAUAUAUUUGGCAUAUUUAACAUUAAUUUACCUUCAACUUCACAAUCUUCAAAACAGUCAAGCAAAUUCAUUGAUUAAGCAAACUGAUGAUCAUCAGUCACAAAAUUACAUUGAUCCUUAAAUUACAUUACAUUUACUUUAUUAAUUAACUCCACCAACUUUUAAUACUUUCAAUAGAUGUUAAAGUUUAUGUGUUAAAGGAGUAUCCCAUUUUGGGCAGAAAAGGCGAGAACCGAAGCGGUGUUGGAAUGCAUUUUGGCCUCAUAGUCAGAAAAAUUGUAAGAGGAAUGAAAUCUUUGGAUGACCUAACCUUUCAUGAAGCAAUGGAAGCUGAUUGCGAUCAUUUCAUUGAUUAAAUGAUACAAUGAUUUCGUCCAAAACUUCUCGACCAAUUUAAUACAUUUAAAAUGAAUAUUCCUGAUAUCCUAAACAGUAUUAAUUUUAGAUUUUCUUGUCAAUAAUUUCAUUACUCUUUUCUUAUUUUUAAUCUUUUAGAUGAUAUUUUAAGAAUAAAGUUGGAAACAAAAUUAAUUAGUCCUGUCUAAUGUAUUAUAAGAUAUUUAAACCCAUAAUAUCCUAGUCUAAUCAAAUCUGCGAUUAGAUUUUAAAAAAAUUGAAAAUCGCGGCUCAAUUAAAAAUGUAAACAGAUUGAUACAAAGAGUUAGACUUUUUGAAUUGAGUUGAGCUAAAAGAAAAAAUUGGUUAUCAGUUUCACUUAUUUCCACAGGACUGUUUCGAGAUUUGGUAUCAACAAUUGUUAUUCAAGAAAUUUCGAUAAUCUGUUGAAUUUAUUUGUGUUUAGCUGCUGAUGGAAUCAUAAUACAUAUUCAGUCUGUGUGUACAUACACUUUGUAUUCAAAUUACUCUGUCUUCUUUCAAUUCAAACCAGUUGUAUGGACUUUGUUUCAUUAGUUGAAGUUAAAUUUUUCAUAAAUUCAAAUCAUCGUGAUUCAUGACUUUCAAAGUUUUAAUGAGCAAAUGAACCAAAAAAUAACGAUUAUUAACUCAGAGCUAUUCAACCAUUCGGAGGAACUCGAUAUUUCUCAGGAAAGUGACAGGAUUGACAAUGGUGGUGAUUACCAAGAACAUUAUCUCCAAUAAUUGAUGGAAAGUUAUUGUUGUUUCAAAUACGAUAGUAAAUAAAGAUACAAAUUGAAGGUUACACUUUUUAUUUUACACCAAACUGCAAACUACAUUAUCACAUGGGCUGGACAGUUUCAUUAAAAGAUUUAGAUUGUGGAAUAUCAAACCAUCAAUUCAAUAAACAGCAUGCAUUUGUUUACCUGCAUAUGUUUAUCUCCAUCGAUUAAUCUAGCAACUGUAAGCUCGACAAACCUGAUCUUGUUUCCUUGAGCAGUCUUCCUAUCAAAGAGGCAAUUAAACCAUGAAAUGUGAAAUCACAAGCAACCUUUUUUAUCACCACAAUCUUUCCAUUGAAACACUUGCUGCUUGGAUGGAUUAGUCAUUGGAUUAGUCACAGUCAUCGUCAUUUCAAUAAGCUAGCACGGUUAUUGGUACUAUUUGACAAUUCGCUAAUGAAUCAAGUGUUGAGAGUCAUAAUACUGAGCGAUGAAAAGUUAGCGAUGGAUGGAAUCAAGGAUCAUUUACCUCUUUGGCUAUAAACUUAAUUAAUAGUACAUUGAAGUUCAAUGUGCAAAGGGAAUCCCCAUAUAAAGUCGCUGAUAUGCCCUUAGGACAUGAUCGUGAUUGAGAUGCUUAUUAAGUAUCAGAAAUUUUCCUUCCAACUCUGUUAAUUUAUCACCUGAAGGUGCUGAAAAUAUUCAAUAGAGGAUCGAUAUAACUCUGUCGCUGUUAUACUUUUCCUAACUUUUAUUUAUUGUUGUCUAUUGUGCCCACCAAUGUUUGACCACUUCUAUAAAUUUAUUAUAAAUGUGACUAGUGAUGUAUGGUGUUCAAAAAAUAUACACUAGUUUCACGAAAAAAUUAAAUUUUGAUAAACGCCAUUCAAA